AUGCAGUCCAUACCAGAUGCGCGCCAGCAGUCCUUCGAGGAGCUGUACGGUCCCCCUGAGAACUUCCUCGAGAUCGAGGUCCGCAAUCCCAUGACCCACGGUGUCGGCCGCGGCAUGUACACAACCUACGAGAUCGUCAUGCGCACCAACAUCCCCGCCUUCAAGCUGAAGUCCUCCUCCGUGCGCCGGCGCUACAACGAAUUCGAGGCCUUUAGAGACAUCCUCGAGCGCGAGAGUGCGCGCGUCACCAUACCGCCGCUGCCGGGCAAGGUCCUGACCAACCGCUUCUCAGACGACGUAAUCGAGCACAGAAGAGAGGGGCUGCAGAGGUUCUUGCAGAUUGUAGUGGGACACCCGCUGCUCCAGACAGGGAGUAAAGUGCUGGCGGCGUUUGUGCAGGAUCCAAACUGGGACCGACAUGCGUGGUGA